GAUUUCGCAAUCACGCGACCACGAGCGAGAGAGAGAGAACAACGAAGAGGAAACGACGACGCAACGAGGAAGAGGAUCACCGUCGAGUCACUCGCGCGUUCUCCUUGAGGCGUAUACCCGAACAAGGCCCGCACGACGGCGGUCCGACCGAAGGGUAGGCGGCCGGUUUUCCCGCGCGUCGCCGAUACCCCGUGACGGCCGUUCCUCCUUUUCUCCACCCCUCCCGCGGGUACUCGUCUCUUUUGGUCAGCGUUUAUGCCUCACGAGGCGUAUUUAUAGCGGAAACGCGGUAUCGCGCAAAAAUAGGCGAGAGUACCCACGUACGUCGUCAGCCGGGCCGCGUAAUACCCGACGCUCGGCCGCGCGAGUUGACGGGUCGACGAGCACGCCCGUGCGCGCCGUGUCUCGUCCGUCCGUGUUGUCACUUGCCGCCACGUCGCAGCUGGAAGCGGUGUGUUUACGUUCGCGACAACGCGCGUGCAAAUACCGCACGGAGAUGGGCUUGCCAUGCGACUGGCAGAGCAACAAGCAGAAGCUCUCGGAGCGCGGCCAGUACCUGCUGGAGACCGGGCAAUGGUCGGACUGCAACUUCAUCGUCGGCCAGGAGCCGCAUCAGCAGACGCUCAAAGGCCACAAGCUGUUCCUGGCGAUGUCCAGCCCGGUCUUCGAAGCCAUGUUCUACGGCGGCAUGGCGGAGAAGAGCGAUCCGAUACCGAUCAGGGAUGUUCAGCCCGAGGCGUUCAAGGCCUUCCUGCAGUACAUAUACACGGAUCGCGUGGAGCUGGGCUCCUUCGAGCUUGCCUGCGAGCUGUGCUACUGUGCCAAGAAAUACAUGCUGCCCUGCUUGGUGGAGGAGUGCACCCAGUAUCUGUGGUCCGAUCUCCUGCCGAAGAAGGCCUGCAGAGCGUACGAGUUCGCUAAGCUCUUCGAGGAGCCUGUACUGUUGGACAGAUGUUUGCAGAUCAUAUGCACAAAAACUAACGAGGUGUUGAAGGAGUCCACCUGGGAGGACGUGGAGCUCAACACACUGGUAACAGUAUUGGAGCAGGACAAUCUGCAGAUCAGCUCGGAGAUCGAGUUGUUCACCGCGCUGGAGCGAUGGGCCAAAGCGGAGUGCUCCAGGAAGUCUCUCGACACGGCCAACGGCAAGUCGCUCAAGUCCGUCAUCGGGGACGCGCUCUCGAAAAUCAGAUUCCUGAGUCUGACACCCCAGGAAUUCGCAGAGGGGCCCGGGAUGUCUCUCCUGCUCACGCAAGAUGAGGCUUUCGCUAUACUGAUGAAUUUGCUGUGCACCGGCAACAAGACUCCCAUGCCCGAAGGCUUCUGCACCAAUUCGAACAGCAGAGCGAAACCGCCGAAGGACCAGCCUACGAAUAUGACGAGUGUAUCUAAAAUCGGGUCGGAAAGGAAACGACCGUUCGGCUUGGAGCGAUCAAUCGGCGAUAACAUUUACUUCAAUUGGAGUAUGUCCCGGCAAUACGGCUUCCCGUACACAGGCGAGCCCAGCAGCACGGUGCGCAGCUCCUCGCCGUCGCUGAUGGACGUGGACGUGCACAAGGACUCCGGGAAUCUGCCUGUCAGCAGUUCCACCUCCGGGAAUAUCGAGGGAGUCAUACGCGAGGGCACGAAAUAUUACUGCCUCAGAUCGAUAUUGCAGCAGACGGAUUGCCUGAAUACGAAUGUGCUCGAUUGCUCUGUCACGUUCAGCGUGGAUAAAAAUAUUUGCGUGACUGGUGUGCAGGUUCCCACGCAAAUCGCCGCGGCGAUGUCGAAUAAUUUGGGGGGUCACGCUCCGGAUCCCGACACGUCGUACACCGAGAUCCUGUACGCCCACUUGCUGGACUGCGACGGCACGCGCCUGACGUACACGCAUUUCACCACCAAAGCGAACUUCGGCACUCUCGUGGAGAUUACUUUCAACCGACCGGUUUACAUCCAGAAGCACAAGGUUUAUCGAGUCGGCGUGGUAUUUAAUAAGGUCGGCUGGUAUCCGGUAGGAAUCUGCACCCAAAACAUGGCCUGUGAUUCUGUGUUCUUCUCGUUCGGAGUUGGUAACAGCGCACACACGAUCCGCGAGGGUCUCAUUCGAUCGAUAGUUUUUACGUAUCAUUAAUGCAACGUCGAGAUAAUCACACGAUAUUUUGAAUUUGUGAUAAGAGUGUGCUCUUUCUUGUAUAUCUCUUGUAUUAUUGUUACUUCACCCUCCAAAUCGCGUUUGUUCUUUCGCUAUAUAAGAAGUUUAACGAAAGAUCCAAAAGACUGUACAAAUAUACUUAUUGGUUCUGCUCAUUA